AUGAAGGCGGUCAUCAGAGCGACAGCUUUCGCUCUCUUGCUGAUUUUCAGCCCAACGAUGACGGGCUUGGGGUCGACCUGUUCCACCAAGGGCCCCGAAUGCCCUAAGUCGAAAAUUUGUUGUGUGGUCUGUGUUUCUUCACAAAAAGUCUGCAAAGUCCCUUGUCAGGAGCUGGAAGACUGCGACUCGUCACUGAACGAAACAUGCUCGGAUGGGUACUGUAAGUGCUCUUCGUCUUUCUCUUGCAACAAUCUUUGUCAAACGGCUCCAGACUGUUCGCGUUCGAACGCCUACUGUAAUCAAACGUGCGAAAACCUUCCUACAGAAGGCACUAGGCCAGAAGAACUUCCACUAAAUCCAGCUCUGCUGGCAAUUGUGACGAUAAUGGGCGUUCUUAUAUUCUCGUUUCUCUUCUGUUGUUGUCUGAGCAAAAUGAAGAGCGAACGAAAGUCAAUACAGGCUCGAGAGGCUAAAGGCAAAUUAAAGAGCCUGGGCAUAGAACGGCGGACUACAGAAGUCAUUGAAAGCGAAAAUGCAUCGCCUCUGAUUAAAGUCGAAAGUCAGAGUGCUGCUUCUUCAAGGAACGGCAUUUUAGCCUCUGAGACUUUCAAAAAUACAAUAUCUCGCGAUAAAGAGAAGGAAAUGCUGAUAUCCGUUGUGGUGGAGUCUGGUUUGCCUCCUAUUCGCGAGGAAGACGAAGAGGGUGAACAAGAAAAAGAGUAG